AGCGUGUGGUUAGUCUUAUUGUAAAGUCCCAUACUUCACGUGAAGCUGUCAUUCUGAAUCUAACAGAAUGCUGUCUAACAUCUUUAGCCCUCCCCCCUCUCUGUAUCACUGUCCACAGGCAGGGAUGCUGCUGCCAUGGUAACAGCUGAGUCAUUCCAUGUCCUUUGAUGAGACGCUUUCUGGAUGCUGGCGUGCUGUUCCGGUGACUCAAGAACAGUGUGAGGAAGCGCAUCUGAACUCUGAUCUCUACAGGUGUCAUCAGGGAGCGACACUUGGCUAGUAGACCGCGCUAGCCGGAUGGGUAACAUCUCCACCGGGGUCAAGCACUGCCUGAGCUAUGAGACUCUCUUGCAGGAUUUUCCAUGGUUGCCACGUCUCCCGUGGGAAGAGAAGUGUUCUCAACUGCCCAAGCUUCCACAUUUUGUCAAAAUUGUGGAGGUUGGGCCAAGAGACGGACUUCAAAAUGAAAAGGAAAUAGUGCCAACAGAGGUCAAAAUACAGUUAAUAGACAUGCUGUCUCAGACCGGCUUGCCUGUGAUCGAAGCCACAAGCUUUGUGUCUUCAAAGUGGGUAGCACAGAUGGCAGACCACACAGCUGUACUGAAGGGUAUUAAAAAGUCUCCUGACAUUAGAUACCCUGUUCUGACGCCAAAUUUUCAGGGCUUCCAGGCAGCUGUUGCAGCGGGCGCUACUGAAGUGGCCGUGUUUGCAUCCGCCUCAGAGACCUUCAGCAGAAAGAACAUUAACUGCUCCAUAGAGGAGAGUUUACAGAGAUUCGAGCAGGUCAUCUCUGCAGCCAAACAGGAAGGCAUAACAGUGCGUGGGUAUGUUUCAUGUGCGCUCGGCUGCCCCUAUGAGGGACAAGUAAAACCAUCAGAAGUCACAAAGGUGGCGAAGCGGUUGUUUGAGCUGGGCUGCUACGAGAUAUCCCUUGGGGACACCAUUGGCGUAGGCACUGUGGGCUCCAUGGCCAAGAUGCUGAGCGAUGUGUUGACAGAGGUGCCCGUAAGUGCCCUGGCCGUGCACUGCCAUGACACCUAUGGUCAGGCACUACCCAACAUUCUGAUUGCUUUGCAGAUGGGGGUUUCUGUGGUUGACUCCUCGGUUGCAGGCCUUGGAGGGUGCCCAUUUGCUAAGGGAGCAUCUGGCAAUGUUUCUACAGAGGAUGUUGUAUAUAUGCUACAUGGACUUGGAAUUGAAACUGGAGUGGACCUGUUCAAAUUGAUGGAGGCUGGAGAAUUCAUCUGCCAAGCCUUGAACCGAACCACUAACUCCAAAGUUGCCCAAGCUAUGAAAUCAUCUUAGCUUUUACAUUCUAGCCCAGGUAAAAAGUAUACUUGAAUGUACUACAAAUAUACUUAAAUACCAGCAAGUACAUUUUAGUCCAUUGUAGUAUAUGUGCUAAAUAAAAGCAUAAUGUUUACACUACAAAUAUACUAAUAAAAAGUAUAGUUAUGCAGUAUUCAUUUUUACGGUUCCCGGACAGGGUUCAGAUUAAUCCAGGACUGGGCCUUGGUUAUAUUAGGACAUUUUAGCAGUUUUGUCAUGAUGUUUUCAUUUAGGGCAGCUCAAACAUUACCUUAGCCUGGGACUAGAUUUAAGCCCUGUCUGGGAAACGUCCUAUAGACCCUUUGUGAGUAGACGGCACAGUUACAUCACUGCAAGCUGUGUGGUGGCAAA